AUGACUCCAUCUGCCGGGUCGAGGGCUCGGGCGCCUUCGCCGGCAGGCGAGACGCGCGACCACGUGGGAAGCCAGAACGAUCAAGACAGGGGCCGGCCGCCUGCGUCAAGGGCCAGGAGGACCCGCGCAAGCCCCCCCGUUGCCCCGGGGAGACUCUUCUCUUCAAGGCGACCUCCUCCUCGGGGACGCGCCGGCGCCGAAGCGAGAGUCGUCUCGCCACAGCGCGACGCCGACCGAGGUCCGGCACAGAGAAUGUCCCGGAGAGGGCGGGAAGGAUCCACUUCACCGUCCGCUGUGUAUCUGCCCAGUGCAAACGACGACCGCGUAGCGACAGUCGAGGAGACGAAGAAAACGAGGUGGGGAUCGCUCUCGGGGCGCCGACCCCGGCACGGUGGGGAGGUCCAGGCGUCUCGUUUGUCUUCCUCGCAGCCGUUACCCCAUUCUCUUUUUCCUAGUUCUUCCUCAUUUGGUGUGUCGUUUCCGCACUCCAGUGCUGCCAGGAGUAUCCGAAGCGCUCGUCGCCACGGCAGCGCAACUCCUCAGAGGGUGUAUGAGGCGGGCGCCGCCCCUCUGGAGCCCAGAGACGAUAUGCCACCGCGGUCUCUUUCAAAGCCGACGGGAGCGGGUCAGGCGACGGUGUGUCGUAAAGUAUUUCCGAGUCGACCAACCCGAGAGCAGGAGGCGUUGCCGCCUCACGGCAUGGAUCAGGGGGGACAUGCGUCUUCUUCGGAGCGGCUGGGGCCUUCUCUCUCUCCGCGGCCUCUUCGGCGUUCGUCUGCCAAGGCGGAGGUCCCAGCGCAGAUGGCCUCUCUGUCUCAUUCGUGUGCCUCAGGAGGAGGGCUGCGACGUUCCCUGCGUUCUCGCUGCCGGUCGGUGCCGACUUCGCCUCUCCCUUCCCCGUCCCCUUCUGCCUCCGCGUCCUCCAUCAGGUGUCUCUCGUCGUCAGCGGUUCCUGCGCUGUUUGCCUCGCUGCCUGAUUGCUCGGAGAAGCGAAGGGCGGCGCGGCUGGUGCAGGAUCUGCUGGAGGCCAGGCAGAAACGAGAAGAUGCAGAGCGCCAGGUCGCGCAGCUUCGGAUGCAGCAGAGGGCGCUGCGCGCGAGGGUCGGCGAGCUCGUAGAAGGCAUCGACCCGGAGAUCGGCGCGCGCCUGCUCACCAUGAUCGCCUCCUCUUCGCCUGCGCCGCAAGAUCCAGACACCGGGCGAGAGUCUUCGCAGCCGACGCGCACACAGGACAGGCGGAUGCGGCGGACGGAUGCGCGGAAGGCAUGUGAAGCCAGGGACGACGAGCGCGACGGGGAACACGGCCACCCCGAAGGAGUUCAUGGGCGGGAAGAAGACAUUUCGAUUCACCUCACGCCGGACGACUCAGACGGAGAAGGGAUCCACGAAAAGCUCUUCGCGCUGCGCCAGAAACACUUGGGCAGAAGAGGCCACAAGCGGAAACCGUUCCCUGCGUCCUCCCCGUCGCCUCCGUCUCGUUCGCCGCUCUCCUGGUCCCCGGGCUCUGCCUCUUCUCCUCCGCAGCUCUCGCACGCGACUCCGUGCCCGUCUUCUGCUGCGCUCCCGCGUGCCUCGCGUACUCUGCAGCGCGUAGUGGCGGCAGGCCCUACGAAUUGUGGUCGGCGCGCGAGGGACUGUGCGAAUGAGCGCGCAGGCGCCUCGUCUGUUUCGAAUGGCGAGGCAGGCAGACUCCGCGGUUGCCUGAGUGGGCUGCGUAGAACGCGAGGGCUCGCUGCAGACAGAGAAGAGGCGCUCCAGGCGUCUUCGGAGACAGCCUCGCUGGGCAGGCUGGUGCAGAAGAAGCGAAGAAAAGGGCUUUCUGAGGACAGAUACCAACUGCGCACACAGAGGGAGGGAGGGAGCAUUGCAGGAGUGAAACAACCUCCCAUGCGAGACGGCAGCGAGAGAAGGAUUCUCCGUUCGUGUUCGUCGCCUUCUUCUUCGCCUAUGAGCCGACCCCGCAGCCCGCCCUUCACUCGGCACAAAGCAGCGCUGCUAGAGAAAACACUGCUCGCGGAAAAACCAAAAUCUCCAGAGCAACCUGCAGAGAAAGCUCUCGUCGCACACGUGCCCCGGGCACGGGAAUCGUCACGCGACGCAGAGUCUCACGCGCGCGAAGGCCCCUCCGGUGGCGUCACGGCCAGCGUGCGACCGCCUUGUUCGACGGCGAAAAGGAGACAGAGCGUCAAGGCGGACGCCAAGGCAGACCACCUUGCGAACGCAGAUGCAGAGUUUGCGAAGGCGAGACAUCGUGAUUCCUUCGCAGGCAAAUCCCCUGUUUCCCUCGAAAAAAUGCAAGAGACACUUGUGGAGCUUCCGGCGCUUCGCGCUGAGGGAGAGAAGGAACUCGGGAGGGAGGAGCUUCACAGCGAGAACGACGCUGGCGUUCUGCCGUCUGGCGCCGCCUCUCCACGGAGGCAAGAGAAACGGGCGACUGGCAUUCGCGGUCCCGCAGAACCGCAUGAAAGAACUUCGCCGCCGGCGGCUGCGAGUCAAAAACAGAAGGAAGGAAGAAACAAGGCGUCGCACGAGGGACACGCGCGAGACAGAGAAGCCAGAGAGGGCGACGAGGAAGUGGAUCGCGAGAAGGAAGACGAGUAUCUCUCUCGGCUCCGAACGAGAAGCAGCUGCCUUCGAGAUCCACACGCGCGCUGGGUCGCGCGCUGGCUGCAGGAGCUCUAUCGCUGGGACGAAGAAGUCGAAGACAGCGACGGGGAGGCCUCCUCCUGGCGAUGUGCCCUGUCUUCUUCCUCUGCUAUAUCGGGACCAUCUUCCUCGCUUCCGGGAAGGCUUAGUGAAGAGAAAGAGAAGCCAGGCGCGUUGUGGUCCGCCUCGCGGCGCUCCUGCCGCCUCGCUGAACGCGCGCCUUCUUCCGUGCCCGCCGGGGGAGAUAUCGGCACGCUCUUUUUGCUUGCCCUCUCGGCGGAAGGGGAGCAUCACCAGGGAAGCCAGCAUCUCCUGUCUCUGCUGAAGCGCUUUUCUUCUCCCGCGGCGUUGUUUGGAAGCAAGAAGGCGUUGCUACAGAUGAACCUGGACAGAUACCUCGGCGCCAAGCGGGACGACCUGUACGCCUUUCUUUUCAGCGCCUGGGAUCGUCGCUCGCGGUGCGUCGCGAGCGGCGGGAAGCGCGAUGCAAAGGACAGGGCCCAGUCCGAGGGCGACGAAGGAGAAAGCGAGGAAGCAGAGAGAUGGAAGGCUUGCUUCUCGCUUCUCUUGGCUGCUGCAGCCCUCCCGGCGGCGAGUCUCCGCGGUACACACCGCCUGGCUGACCAGCACCACGUUCUGCGGUUUCUAGAAAUCUCUGAGAAGCAGGUGCUUUAUUCUUCUCUUCGACCCGGUCCCUGCGCGCCCGCGCUUUCUCCUCGCCAUCCGGUCGCGACUCUUCCUGCAAACAGCAGGGGGGCAAGGAAGCGGAGAAGAGAAGCUGAGGAGGCCACGGCCUCUAAAGAAGACUCAGGGGAUGAAUGCCGCGGGACACUGGAAAUAGGGACUGAUGUUCCUUUCCUGGCAGCGGAGACAAAUUCUCCAAGUACUCCUGAUAGCGAGGUGAAGACAGCACGCGGCGUCCGAUGCACCGCCUGGCAAACUAAAUUGCCUCCUGUGCCUCUCGCGUCAAACAGAUGCUCCUGCUGCUGCUGUUUCCAUAAGCUGUGGUCCGCGUCUUCUUCUGCGACCUCAACGGCGUCGCCAACACAUGAUGCACCCGUGUCUGCUGUGCUCUCUUCGCCUUCGCUCUCUCCUCCGUGUUUGAGCAGUGACGCAGCCCCUGCGCUACCCCAGGCUCCUUCGGCUCGCGCCCCUGGCGCCCAUGCCGCAGACAACCGAAGAGGGAAAGAGCUGCUUGCGGGUCUGCGGCCUACCGCAUGCGAUGCGGAGGCCUCGACAACGCAGGAAAAGGCUCCGGCUGCCCACGAGUCUGAAGGCACAGUCGUCCCGUGCGUCGCUCCACCGGCCUCUCCAGCUCAGGUCGUUGCCUUCAGCGCCAUGGAAGCCGCUCGGCAGGUUCUGGGGAAAAGGCUCAGGAGGCUGAUGGAAGAGAAUGCGGCGAUCCGCGCUCGCGCCGGAGGCGAUGGAGGACGCAGCCCCGAGCGCGGGGGCGCUCCUGCGCUUCCGUGCGACUUGCAAGGCGAGAGAGAAGGCUCCGAGGGACGCGUGGAGGACCCGAGGGAGCCAGGCGAUGAGCAGCCCGAAGUCUCGCAGCAUAGAGGACUGCAUGCAGGCAGUGGAGAGGCAGGAGGCCACGGGGGCCACCUUCCGGCCUCGCCCAAGGCGUCGGAGGGACAUCAGGGCGAUACGCGGGUCCGCGGUUCGUCUUCGUUGGCGUCUGCCUCGAAGAAGAUGGGCGCAGACAAGCAGACAGGGGCGCGGAUUAUGUCACUGGUGAAUCAACGACUCCACAGCCUGCGGAGCUUCUUUCCCCUCGUGCAGCGGCAGGCUGUCUCUGUCUGCAUGCACUUCCUCGAAGAGCAAGACCGGCGGGUGCGGACAGACGGUGGCGGCAUGCGUGGAGACGGCCGAAGCGAAGACGCGGGCGAGAACGGGGCGCCGGGAAUAAAUUGGGCAGCGAACGAGAGAGAGGCGCGAAUCGGUGCGCACAGCGAAGCACGCGAGGGGGGUGCUGCGCAGCUGCGUCAGUGCCUGGCAGACAAGCGGGAGCACACAAGAGGCACGCCCCCGAGGACAGAAACAGACGCCGUUCGAGGGCACUCCCAGGGAAUCUGCCACGGGACAGGGGUGCUCGCGGGGCCUCUGAAAGGCGUCUGGCGAGAGACGUGGCUGGAUGGUCACCCGGUGUGGGUCGUCGCGACGGAUGUGGAUGAUAAGGACGAGAGCGAGGCUCACGGCAAGCUGCUGAGUCUUAGCCAUACACCUGGCAAGAACGAGGCCUGUUUUCGCCAGAGAGAGCAAAGCGUUUUCCGGUUCCACGCCGACCGCGUUGGAGGCGACACCCCCAGUCUGCUGGCUGCGGUUCUUCUCCGGCUGCUGCUUCUUCUCGAGCGGCAUUCGCCAGGCCACAUCGAGCCCGCCAGCGCGACUUCGCCGUCCCUUUCGUCCAAGUCCCCAGCCUAUGCUGCGCCGCCUUCUCGGGUCGCCCCCGUGGGUGCCGCAGGCCCGUCCUCGCUCGCUCCGGCCGCGUCCCUCGAUCUCCCUUCGCUUCCCUCGAUUUCCGCAGGCGCCGAGAGAGAAGAAGCGCGUGCUGUGGCUUCUAGUCCGGCGCCUCGCCGUGGAUGUGUCGGCCCCUUCAGCGUGCCGCCUGAGGAGAGGAGGCAGGGCACCUGGAGAACGACUGCGCGAAGUGCUUGGUUUUGCGCUGCGUCGCUCUCGAGACUCGAGGCACGACUGGAGGAAGCAGAGAGAUCGGCGCAGAGAGAGAAGACGCUGAGGGUCUUGCCCGUGUGGAGACAGUUUCCAGGGGUCGACUUGGAAGCUGUGAUUUCCGCGGAUGGUGCAGCGAAAGCUGCCCUUCUCACCUGCCCCUGCUGCUGCUGUCUCCUCGCGCGUCUGUCGGCCUCUGACCAGCCUCUCUCGGCGCCGUCUGUGCGCGCCCCGUCCUGCGCCUUGUCUCGCCCUUCCGCCUCCGUUGUCUCGGCAGCCUCGUCCCCUGCCCCUGCACUGGCCUCUGGAGUGCCGUCCUCUCCGCUUCCGGGUUCCCACGCCUGCUGCUGCGCGGGAGACUCUUCCUCGGGGGCUGCGGGACCCUGUCGGUGCUGCUGCUGUCAGCUCGCUCGCCUUCAAGCCUCCGAAAAGUGCACGGAGUCCCAACCCGCUGAGCGCGCGGCUGAUGCGCAGCGCCGCCAGAGGGACACUGCGCCGUUUUCUUCUCUCUUCUCUCCUUUGGCAUCUGCGCUGCGUUGCCCGAUCCGUGCUGAUUCCUUCGCGGCUUCAUCGUUGCCGUCGCAUCGCCCUCCUGGUUGCCUCCCCUCCACUUCAGUUUCAGCUUUCGGGUCUUCGCCUGCCGCAUGCGAAGAAGGCCAGCCACGAACGCUGGCGUCGCUGCGAGUCACUUACGCAAGCAUCAGCUGGGAACCAGAGCGAGAGGCUGCCUGCCUGACGCUCUGUGUGGCAGGGCGGGGAGAUUCCGAAGGAGGCACAGACGCGCGAAACGACGCAGGCGCCGAAAACAUCGCGGCGAGACCACAGCACAACAACGCGAGAGCUGGAGAGGCAGGCGAGCCAGUGGACAAACAACGAGCGCCAAGCGGAGAAGAGGAAGUCGAGCGACAGACGCGAAACGAGGGAGAGACGCGCGAAGACCGGAGGGGAGAUCCAAGGGCAAGGAGGGACGUUGGUGGACAGGCGCUCCGGCAGUAUAUCUUUGCAUCCGAAGCUCCUGAGAGCCUUGUGGCGCUGGCGAUGGAGCGAGCACGUCGGCGAGAAGCGAGAGGGAGAGAGCGGAAGAAGAAGGAGCAGGUGCUCCCACGGCAGAGUGAAAAGGGAGGAGAAGAAGCCUCUCGAAGUCCGUUGUGGUCCGCCGAGAACGAAGACCAGCAAUUUACUCCCCACGAGGGACCUCCAGUGUGCCAGAAGGCUGAGGAGAAACGACACAGGAGAGAACUCGCGUUGCUUGCGGCCGCAUCUCUUUUCAUGACGUUGAACUUCACUCCCUCGUCUCCUCUGUCUUCUCCUGCUCCGCCCUCUUUGACGCCACUUCCACCCUCCGUCGCGCCUCAAAGGGACCUGCCCAACGAGGAGGGGAGGCCUCAGGAACCCAGCACGAGCUCUUUCUCCUCGGUGUGUUUGCGCUUCUUCGCGUCUCGCCUUCGAAGCCUACAGAGAGAACUCGAGCUCGCUUCAUCUCCAGCGAGUCCAGGCGGGAGCGGACGGCGAGAAAAGCAUCCGCAGGAGAGGCAGGCGCACGCGGCCAACUCUCCGCGCAGUCUGAGCGGUGCUUGCCAGUCCUCGGCGUGUGAGAAGACGGAGCGAAAACCGAGGAGUGGGUCGUUUCUUUGUCUUUUUCUCAAAGAGUGGUCUGCGGUUGUGUCUCUCGUGUUUUCGUCCAUGUCUUUGCCGGCCUCUUCUCACUCGCUUUCUGGGUCUUCCCCGCAGCCACCCCGCUCUUUCGGGGCGUCGGUUGUUUUCACUCUCCGGCGACUGUUGGAGGACCCUGCGGGAGAAGAAGAACGACGGCGAGUGAGCGCGCUGCGUGACACAGACAGAGAUGUGGGAAGACUGCGGAAGCUGAUGCGCGAGGCGCUGCUGCGGCCGCCGCUCGCCCCCCGCACGUGGGUCGCCAGCCAGUGGCUGGGCAAUCGCUUCACCGACAAGGCCGAGAAAUUGCGUGCGUUGGAGCUCCUCCGCUGGACCUUCAGCGUGUGGACUCACGAAUUGUCUUUCGCCGCGCUGGUCACGCAGGUCUCGGGGCUGCGAGUGACCUCCGCCGCAGAUGCCGGCGAAGCGCCGGCUGCCGGCGCGCGGGCGCAAAGCGACACGCAAGCGGCGGAGGGGGGAGGCAGGAGACGCGAGGAGACCGGCCGCCAGGCUGAGGCGCGAUGGCUGAAGACAGAAGAGAGCGCGACACUCGCAGACGCGGACCCCGAAAUGGCGUAUAAAGUUCCCCUUGUCUGCAGGCUGUGCGGAAAGAUGAGUUUUCCGCAGUCCUGUCGGACGAGCGUUGACGUCCACGUCUUGCAUCUCCUCAAGCGCCACUGCCGCCUCGCGCCUCUCUGGGCUCUGCUUCUAGACAUCCGCGCAGUCCCGUUCUCGGUGCGCCCGCUCUUUCUGCAAGUGGUCGCCUCUCGCUUGGAAAAGAAGGAGACUUUUUCGGCGGCCCAGUGGGGCCACGCGGCGGGGGGGGUGUUGCCGCGCGAGGCGAAGGCGAAGAGAGCGAGCGAGCCGAAGCGAGACGCGAAGAAGGACGCCUCGUCCAAGAAGGCCUCGGCGCGAGCAGAGCGAGAGCUGGCGGAAGGCACGUGCAGCGCCUCCAGCGGCGCUCUGCGGAAAGGACCGCUCAGCGCCCAGGGUCGGCUUCUGCAGUCUCUGGUCUUCCCCCCGUCGCGUGAGCGGCUCGAGCAGAGUCUGGGGCACGUCAAAGACGCGCUCUUCGCGCAGGCGCGCGUCUCGGCGAUCGUCUCGCUACUUCUUCUGCUUCUGUCCGAAGAGACCGCCCGCCAGCUCUCUCGGUCCGCGGCGUCCCGGGAGGCCUCCGCAGGCCCUCCAGUUUUGCCCCUGUCCAGGGAGAAGCAACGGACGCUCUCGGAGACGGUCUCAGACUUGCUCAAGGCCGUUGUGGAGGCCAAAGCCCCGGGGUCGGGAACGAGUAUUCACCUUCUUCGUUUGUCUGCACUCAGUCGCGUACAACCCACGCGCGAAGGAGGGAAAAGCAAGUCUUCCUGUCGUCCCCCCCCCGGCGACUUGCUGACUUUGCUGAGUCGCGAAGACCAGGCGCUGCUCCACUCUCUCGCCUCUUUGGCUCCGCACAAGAAGUCGCUGGUCGUCUCUGCGGCGCCCUCUGCAUCUAGGCUCCACCUCGCUUCCACGCCUCGCCCGUCGUCUCCCGGGUCUCCCACGCGCCUCCGGUCGUCCGCGCCCGACUGGAGUCUGCCUCGCCCGCCCUCUGCCGGCGGCAGAAUGGAAGAGUCUUCCAAUGCCUCACACGCUUUGUCCGCGCUUCCCGGCUCGUCCGUGUCUCCUUCUCUCUUGUCGCCUGCGGCGGGAGGGAGAGGAGGCGUCUCCCUCUACGGCCCUCCCGCUGCGCUGGGGGCUGGCGCGCGUGCGGCUGCGCGGCUUCUGCUUCCGCAGGCACCCGGUUUCGCAGCCAGAAGGGACGAGGCUGUGUCGCCGGCCUUCUCUGCCCCGUCGUCUCUCAUGUCUUUCCCGCCGCCUCUGUCGCUGCGGCCGGGCGAGAGGAGAGGCAAACCGCCGCUGCGGGUGAAUCAACUUUGCAACGAAGAGUACGAGGUCUACGAUGAGACCGCGCGACCCAGCGCGGGAGAUCUGGCGCUUCCGCCUCGCGGCCAGGGUGCGGAUGCGAUGCCGAGUCGCGGUCUUUCGGAGGCCUCCCCCGACGCGCUUUCGCAGCUUUCCGCGCCGUCUUCCUCCUUCUCGCCACUCCUCUUCUCCUCGCUCCUUCUCCCGCCGUCCUGCUCCUCUGUCGUGUCUGCGGCGGCCUCGGGGGCCUCCCUGUGGGGCGCGGACGCGGCCGGCGGCCGCGACGGGGGGGUGCCCGUGUCUCUGCUGCUUCCGCGGUUCUCUGCUGCAGCCGCGCCGAGCGACCAAGCAAAGCAUUUUCUUCUUCAGUUUCUGCCAGUCGUCCGCAGCUCGAAGCUGCUUCUACCCUCCGUCGUCUCGCUCGCCAUCGACGGGCGCGCGUGCACAUGCGGCCGGGCGAGGCGGGACAAUGGCAGCGCAGCGCGGGCAGCAGAAAAUGGACUAAAGGUCCGCUGCGGUUCGCGGGUCUCUGGUCCGCGCGCGAUGCGCGGACACUCGAGUCUCGAGUCCGUAGUCCACGAGUUCUUCGAAGUAGGCGGUCUCCGCUCUCGCCCCAAAGUCGCCACCGUCUCUCCGUCGUCGCGGCUUCCGCCCCUCCCCAACCCCCCCCCCUCGGAGGCGGUUCGCCCCCCGGAGGGAGGCCGGCAGGGGAGCGGCUCGCUGCGGCUGAGAGAAGGCGCGGGGCGAGCGGCUUCGGCGCGGACGCGUUCCGGCGGGUUCGGCCGUCCUGCGCGCGCUUCAGGGCUGGUGGCGGAGCCCUGCGACUCUCCGCCUGGAGGCGAUGCGAAGCGGGGGAACGGCGAGGCGCAGGCGGCCCGCCAGGAGGGAGCGCGAGCGGCUCGCCGCAGCCUGGCUGGCGCGUGGCUGCAGGAGGAGAUGCGAGGCGGCAAGGGCGACGACGGCGCCAAGACGCUCUCGACUGUCGCGUCGACGCCGAGCCUGCUCUCGCUGGGCGACGGCCGGCGAGGGGAAGAAGAACGAGGCCACCGGGAUGAGGCGGGUUUUGCCGUUCCAACACGCAGCGUCACCGCGACAACGCGCUUUUCGUGGUACGAGGCCUUUGCGCUCACGCCUCUGCUCUUGGUGUCGAACCGCGAAAGAAUCAGGCGCAGAGGAACCGGCCGCGCUCCGGAGGAGCCGGUUCCGCGCGGACUCGCUUCGCUAUCUUCUUUGAUGCAGCUGCCUGCCGAAAAAGACGCGCACAUCGUUCCGUGUGACACCUCCGAUUCAGCCGGUCCCCUUUCUUUUCUCCCGUCCACGUUUUCGUCCUACGCACUGCGAUCCAAGUGCGCUGGAGGCGCGGCCGCGUCUCCGCGCUUGUCUCCUUCUUCUCCGGUGUCGUCUUCACUUUCUUCUCUGUCGACCAGCUCGCCGCGCUCCAUCGCGUCUCUUCCUCGCGGCUCGUCUGUCCAUCUCCACGCCGCCUACUCGCCUCCCUCUCUCCCGCCUUCUGCGGUCCCUUGGCCUCCGGGGCCCGCGGCCUCCUCUCUCUCCCCGGGCGAGGCUGCCGCAGAGCCGGAGGAGGCUGCAGAGAGAGAGGAGCGGAGGCCGAGAAGGGGCGACACUAACGCUUCGCAUUAUCGUCGCCACCUCGUCGUCCUUCUGCCUGCGCCACACCUCGCGUCCGGCCUCCCCGGAGGCGCCGAGGGGGCGCGGCGAUUUCCGAUGGAGGCGAGCGGAGGCAGCGGCCCGAAGACGUUAAUCCUCGCUGAGAGCCAGAGCUGUCUUCUCACGGCGCCGUCUUCCGCGCAGAUACGCCUCACGCAGGUCAAUCAUUUACACGAAACGCCUCGUGGUGAAGCCAUCCCUUCGGCUUCGGAGCUCGCCCUUCCUGCCUGUGGAGGCGCCUCCUCGCCGUCAGUCUGGACACACGGUCUCCUGGGCCUCGCCGACUCUUCCUCUCUCCUUCCCUCCUCUGUCCUCUUCGUCGCCUUCCCUGCGGUUUGCAGGGCCCCCCGCUCCGUCCCCGCUCGCCCCGCAGGAUCCCGCGCGGACUCUUUGUCGGCUUGUGUUUUGCAGACAACCGCAGAAGAGCGGAGAGGAACGUGGGAGGCAGGCGCGGAAGGCGGACCCACAGAAAGGGGCGCGAGGGGACGUUGGGCGCCGGACCGACACCCACAGGGGCACGCUGCGCCCGUGACAGUUGGCAACGGGGCAAGCUGCGGAAGGGCGCGAGAGGGCGCCGCGAGCCUCGGCGUCCCUUCGUGUGUCUCCAGUGGAGACGAAGGCGACGAGUUGUCUGGCAGGCAAAGGUGCAGAGAGGACGGCAGCCGUCGGCAGGAGGGAGCCGUGAGCCUGCGCCGGUUCCUCGCUUUUCUGGCUGCGAACGGCUCGCGCUUCUCCUUCGUCUUCCGCGAGGCGGCUGCAUCGCCAGCGGCGCCAGUGGAGAGUGCGGAGGCCUCCUGGGGGGCCCCCGAAGCGCGGGAGAAAGGCGAAGUCAGAGGUCAGGCGCAAGAGCGCCUGACCUCCGCGCGGAGGGCGGGCGGGCGAGGCUCAAGUGCCUUUUUCGCCUUUUCGAACGGAUUUUCAAAACGGGAAGACGCAGGAGGAGCCCUGCAAGAGAGAGACGGCGCAGAGGGAACGGAAAGCGACGAGGAGGGAAGCGACGCGUGGAGAGUCUCCGCUGCUCAGGCAGCAUCCCUCGCCGCGCUCUGCUUCCAGGGCUGGGUGCCGCUCUUCGGUGAGGCCGCGGAGCUUCUCCUGGGCGAGGAGCGAGAGGGCGAAACGAGUGAAGCAGACGAAGAGAGCGGAGAAGAUGCGUGCGAGGACGGACGCAGACUGGAAGACUCGGAAUGCACGUGGACAGGGGGAGACAUCAAUAGGGCCGAAGGCGCGCCGAACUCUGGUGGAAAGAUAGGGAGCUCAGGCGCUUGGUUAUCGCGCGGCAAGGGGCAAAAAGAGGCCCUUCGGCACCUGCUGGAGGUCCUCAGCUACAAGAUGCAUGAGGAGACUGCUCGCGAAGGCGGUGGUGAAACAGCGGACGAAGGGAGAGCAUGCGAAGAGGGCGAGGAAGCGCAGGAAGGAGAGGGACAGGGCAAGAAGCUGUUCCGCGGAGUCGAGGAAGGAGGGAGAAGGACGACAGGCACCAUGGCGAGAAAAGGCGAGCGCCGUCGGGGUGACAUAUGCGAAGAGUUCGUUGUGGCGCAUCUGCCUGCCUCUAUUUGCUUUAAAGUAAAACAGGGUAGACCGGGCGAAUCUGUCUCGCUCGGCGAUAGACAGGAAGGCAGCGUCUUUUCUCGCGCUGGUGCCGGCACGCGCGCCCUGCCUCGAUCUGUUGUGAGUGUGGCGCAGUUUGUGUUUGCCCGGCUGCUCGCCGCCUUUUUCUCUUUUCUCGAAUGUGAAGAACGAGAGAACGAAGAGACGCCCGAGAGAAAUUUCGGCGCUGCCGGCCUGCCUCGGUCCUCUUCGCUGAGCUCCUCUUCCGCUGUGCUCUCCUCUACUGCAGUCCACGUGGCUGCGCUUUCAAGCCACCGCAGCAAGCGGGAGAGGCAAGGCGCAGCGCCAAAUGAAGGAAGAAUCGAGGGAGCGCGCGCCGAGGACGAGCAAAAGAGAAGAAGGCUGGAGAGCGAGGCGGAGGUGCCGUCGAUGGCGGCAGUUGGGACAGAUGACGCGGAAGAAGCGAAGACGCGUGAGAAGUUUUGCGCGCCGUGGAAGUCUUUCGAGGCACGCAGUCCGCCGGGGUCUCUGCAUGUCGACGAGAGGGACGCGGGCCUUCUCAACUCAGCCGCCCAAGAAGAAGAGGGAGACAAGGAAAGCGAAGCAGAAGAGAGCGAACCCCGGCGCCUCGGGGGGCGCGCACACGAAAGCGGCUGUCCCCACGUGGACGCAGGGAACUUCAUCUCGCGCGCUCCGAUGGCGCAGGAGCGACUGGGGACGGCGGAGGUGGACGCACGUGAGAGCGCGGAAGAGGAAGACGAAGCAGAGGAGCGCAGAGACGAAGACGUGGAGCGCGCACAGUGCGCCCUAGCCAAUGUCGUUCUUCCAGCUCCCCCCCUUGCGCGCGAGUGCGUAGCUUUCGGGGGUUUCGGGAGGCUUCCCGACGACACGCGGACUGGCAUUCGGCUUCAGCUGACUCCGUUCAUUGCGCGGGCGCAGCGCGGCAUCCCCCUUCUCUUCCGCCACCAGCUGCAGCGGAGCGGUAUGCGUCAACACGACCUCGUUGAUCUCAUGUCUUUCUCUUCUCCCUCUUCCGUCUCCUCGCUUGCGUCUCUCCCCUCGUCACCCCCUUCGUCUUCUUCGUCUGUCGCGCCUGGCAAAGCUGCCUUCUCUGCCUCGCCCUCCGCUGGCUGCGCGGCGGAGCUUCACUCCCGCGCCUCGGCGCCUCCGCCCCCAGACGCCUCCCCUGCGUUGUCGUCUGCCUCUCCUGCUCCUUCGUGUCUCUUGGCUCUUUCGGCCGCCGCAGCACCGCAACGAGCGUGCGCCGCGGAGACGGGAGACGAAGCGGACAGGGAAACGGCGGAGACGCGCAGCCGCCGCCCGCGAGGAGAUCGCGAACGCGACGUUGGGCAUAAAAGAAGGGCGCGAGGACGAAGAGACGAGGAAUUUGAGGACAGGGCAGCCGACGCACCAGAAGAAACAGACGAAGAAAGCGCGAGAGAAAAGAAAGACGAGCUCGACUGGACCCGCGUUGACCUUUUUGCGUGGGAUCUGCGUGCCGAGAACGGACUGUCGGCCUCUGACGCAUCGAGAGGGUCAACGAAAUCCCGCGGCGCCGCGGCGCUCGCCUCGCCUUCGUCGCCUUCACCGGGCGCCGCACGCGACCUACUUUCUGCGGUUUCGGCAUCUGCGCCCGCGGUGGUUUGUGCCUCGUCUCCGGACGCAGGAGCAGACGCGGUUGGGGAAGAGCGAGCCAAGGGAGACGACAGGAUGAGUUCCCUGCACGCGACGUUGAAAAAGAAGCGAAGAAGGAAGCAGCGGGCUCUCGUAGUCAAGAAAAAAUCGAAGCUGGCGUCGCCACUUCAUCGCGCUGGCGCGGCGUCGCACUCUUCUCUGCUCCUGAAGGCGAAGAACCUCGCUCUGUGCAUCGAGGGGCGCCCUGGGGGGGCGAAGAAGAAGAGUCGCGCCGCCCUGGUUCCGCGCGGACACAAAUACUCGCUUUUCGCGCUGUCGAGUCACAAAGCCGCCAGCCUCGCCUCGCGCGUCUCCGCCGCCUCGCGGCCGAUUCGAAAGGCCCGCGAUCGCCCAAGACUGCGCAGCAUUCCGCUCUCGCCCACGUCUGCGGUCUGCGCCUCCUCCUGCGUCUCUUCUGCCUGCGCGGGCUCUACCGAGGCCUCUGCAGCUGCGGGGAGGCAGAGGCGAGAAUGUCUCUCGCUGGCUUCUGCCGCCCCUGCGCGACACUCGCAGGAACGCCGCCCGCCGCUCGCAGGCUCCAGCAGCGCGCGUCUCCUCGCCGCCCACUGGCAAGCCGCCGACCCCGAGCUACUCUCGCUCGCUGCGGAGCGAAUGCAAGAGCGAAACGUCUCUGCGUUCGACGGCCUCCUCAUCGGAGAGGACGGCAGGCUGCCGGAAAAAGCUGACUUACAGCUCAGGAGAAACGAACUGUUUUUCGCGCUCGAGUCGCAGCUUCGUCUGAAUCGAACGGCUCACCUCUUGGAGGCUACGGCCGCGCGCUGCGGGGCGCGCGUGCCUCCGUUCGUCGUGCGCACGAAGCUGCUCAAGCUGGGGAAGUCUCGCGUCCACGGGUGGGGAGUGUUCGCGGCGGAGCCGAUAUGCAAGGACGAAUUCGUCAUUGAGUACUCUGCAGUCGUCGUCAGCGAGGCGAUGGCUAACUUCAGAGAAUGGCAAUACAUGCAGAGCAUGGGCGGAAGCACGUAUCUCUUCAAGUUGAAAAACAGCACGAUCGCCGACGCCACGCAGAGCGGCGCAGUGACGCGAUUCAUCAAUCACUCCUGUCACCCCAACUGCCAGACUCGCGACCUCGACGGGGGCAGUGACGACGAUGGCCGCAACUGCCACGUCGGUAUUUUCGCCCUGCGCGACAUCGCGAUUGGUGAAGAGCUCUUCUACAACUACAGCUUGUCGGAAGGCGCGCUGGGUCACGAGGCGUGCCACUGCGGCGCGCCGGGAUGCAAAGGCGUCAUGUAG